CUUGUCUAUAGUAAUUUAGGUUAUUACAUAAUUUCGGGCGGCCGCAAACAUUUUCUUCAGUGAAGUGCUCAAGAAAAUCAAAAAUGUUCGGGGCAGUAAGUAGGGUUGGUAGUGGCUUCUUAGCCGCAAAAACAGUUGCUGAGAAGGUCCUGACAGAAUGUGGAAAAAUCGCAGCUGUAUCGGCCACCUCACACAGAGAUUACGCAGCAAAAGCCUCCGCCAAAGGGCAAGGUAAGGUGGUUGCGGUUAUCGGUGCCGUCGUAGAUGUACAAUUUGAAGAUGCUCUUCCGCCGAUUCUCAAUGCCCUGGAAGUCCAGAACCGUUCUCCUCGAUUGGUACUAGAAGUAGCGCAGCACUUGGGAGAAAACACCGUCCGCACCAUCGCUAUGGACGGUACCGAGGGUUUAGUUCGCGGCCAGCCCGUACUCGAUUCAGGGUCGCCAAUUCGUAUCCCUGUAGGCGCCGAAACCCUAGGUCGUAUCAUCAACGUCAUCGGAGAACCCAUCGACGAACGCGGCCCCAUUCCGACGGACAAGACAGCCGCUAUCCACGCCGAGGCCCCCGAGUUUGUUGAAAUGUCUGUGCAGCAAGAAAUUUUGGUAACUGGUAUUAAGGUGGUGGAUUUGUUGGCUCCAUAUGCAAAGGGAGGUAAAAUCGGUCUCUUCGGUGGUGCUGGUGUAGGUAAGACUGUACUGAUCAUGGAACUUAUCAAUAAUGUAGCUAAAGCUCAUGGUGGUUACUCUGUAUUUGCUGGAGUAGGGGAGCGCACUCGUGAAGGAAAUGAUUUAUAUCAUGAAAUGAUUGAAUCAGGAGUAAUUUCCUUGAAGGAUAAGACAUCUAAAGUAGCUCUUGUAUAUGGGCAAAUGAAUGAGCCUCCAGGUGCCCGAGCUCGUGUGGCUCUUACUGGACUGACUGUGGCUGAAUAUUUCCGUGACCAAGAAGGUCAAGAUGUAUUGCUUUUCAUUGAUAACAUUUUCCGUUUCACUCAGGCUGGUUCUGAGGUGUCUGCUCUGUUGGGUCGUAUCCCUUCUGCUGUAGGUUAUCAACCAACCUUAGCUACAGACAUGGGUACUAUGCAGGAACGUAUUACUACUACCAAAAAGGGUUCUAUCACCUCAGUGCAGGCCAUCUAUGUACCAGCUGAUGACUUGACUGAUCCUGCUCCUGCUACGACUUUUGCUCACUUGGAUGCUACCACUGUACUAUCACGUGCCAUUGCUGAACUUGGUAUCUACCCAGCUGUGGACCCCCUGGAUUCCACUUCUCGUAUUAUGGACCCCAACAUCAUUGGAGCUGAGCAUUACAAUGUUGCACGUGGUGUCCAAAAGAUUUUACAAGAUUACAAAUCACUGCAGGAUAUCAUUGCUAUUUUGGGUAUGGAUGAGUUGUCUGAAGAAGAUAAGCUAACUGUGGCCCGUGCACGUAAAAUCCAGAGGUUCUUGUCACAGCCUUUCCAAGUGGCUGAAGUAUUCACAGGACAUGCAGGAAAGCUGGUGCCCCUUGAAGAGACCAUUAAGGGCUUUUCCAAGAUCUUACAGGGAGAGUAUGAUCAUCUACCUGAAGUUGCUUUCUACAUGGUUGGACCUAUCGAGGAAGUUAUUGCAAAGGCUGAGACUCUAGCCAAGAAUGCUUAAUUGUCAUUGAUGUGAAAGGAUGAGAAAUUAAUUGUAUCUAUCUCUUAAAUAAAUAUAGUGAUAAUCAAUUGUGUUUUAUUUGCCAACAUAUAUACCAUUAAUUGCCCCUUGCAGUGUCCAUGAGCCCCAGCAGCACCACCACUAAUUGUCACAACAAUUAAUUAUCAUACUAUAUAAUUACCAUAUUGUAAGUAAUCAUUCACUUAGUACCAGGGGUACAAAAUAAAAUUGUCUUGUACUCUAGGAUGUUAAAAGAUAUGGUGGUAGUUUGAAGGUGAUGCCAAGCUGAUGUCAGCCUAGUACUGCCACCUCUGUAUCUCGAAAUCUUAGCAAUUCCUUUUUUUAUCAAUGUAGUUGUCUAUUUGUGGUUAAAAAGCAACCAAUACUCAAUUCCCCUUAUUUUAGAGAUAUUGAAGAAAAAUUGUCUUAAUUGUCAGCUCAGCAGAGACAUGUAAAUUAUAUUUUAGCAUCAUUUACUUUAACUACCUAUAUAAAAUAUUUUAGAAUCAUGGUGACUAUUUUUUUAAAAGAUAUUCUUUUUUAUUAACAAUAUUUUGCUUAAAUAUUUAGUCUUCACUCCCAUAUGUCCUGAGGUACCCUGGGGUAAAAAGUAAAAUUUUAUUUUGCACCCCCAGUUUGGUCUAUACCCCAGUGCUAGCUAAUAAAUGGAUAACUCUCUGUCUUACUAUUGUGCGGCGCCGCGGCGGCCUGGAUUGGCGGGGUGUAGUAAAAACUACUGUAGAAAACCGUUCAAAGCAUUUUGUUCGCCAAGUGACAGAGCGCAAAAUUCCGCGAUAGUACAUCCCGUACGUUGGUUUUCAGCAUGUCACCUACUUCUUGAAACCCUUUGGGACAAAUUAGUCCAGGAAAUGAAGCUAAAAAAAUGGUAAAACCUCGCAAUUUUUCGACCAGCACCGAUUUGUACAAAAAUUUGGGAUUAAGCUUAUUUCACCUUCUAGUUCAUUUUCUAUAAUGUGCCGUUGUACGCUUUUUGUGUUUUUUAGGGGUGAAAACUACCCCUUAUUGUCAAAAAUUAUAAAAUAACAUUAAAAACCUAAAUAUGGGUAAAAAUAGUUAAAUAAUGAUUGUUUCAUGCUUUAGGAUACAAUUUCUUAAUCUUUCAAUCUACCCUUGUUAAAAACUAGUCAAAGCGGGUAAAUCGAAUUUUUCGAAAAAAAAUAAUAUUGGUUUUUUAAGCAUUGCUCCUUCAUUUUAGGUGAUAGUUUUUUUUUCAGAGACGAUUUUGUAGGGCUCUU